AACCCGCUUAAGUUCGUCUCGGAACCAUUGUUGAAUGGACCGCGUGACCGUACUUUACUUACCGCAGUUGUAGAUUUUUGUUCAUAUCACCUCUUCCAAAAUCCGCACAACAAACAUGUAAAUUCUGUCGCACAACAGCAAGGACAAUUUACUAUUACGUGCUACAAAGUGUAUACCGCUGCACGUGAAACGUAAACAGCGACGACAACAACAACAAGAACUCUGUGAAUUUAUAUAAAUUGCCAAGGAUUAAUUUAAGGAUUAACGACACGAUAAACUAUAUUAAAAUGGAGUCGUUCACACACGAAAAUCGUUUCUGCAAAUCGGCCGAUCCUCCGAAACGCCACCAUGGACAAAUUAGCGACUGAACUGAAAGCGGAAGAGGAAGUGGUGAAAAUCCGUAACCAGGAAUCGAAGCAGGAGCUGAAGAGAGACACUAUCAAGCGAAGAAGCUUCAUUAAUCGUGCGGCUUAUAACAAAUUGCAACGGGCGAGCAGCGUUUCUUUGGGCAGCAGCAGCUCGGUCAGCGCUUUAAAAAGCAAGUUUGAAAAUAAAAUCAUCGAUAGUGAGUUAUCUAAAAGCAGUGCACACAAAGAUAAGGAUAAAGGUGUUGUUAGUAAACAAGUCGAAGAUGAAGGUACGCUAGACGAAGAGGUAGUUGUGUUGCGCAAGAAAGGUCCUGUUGUGCCACCGAAGCCUAAUCCAGCGAAGAAGGUUUCUUUUUCGGAACCGCCUGUUCCCGCACCCAGAUCAUCAAAGAAUUCCAUCGAAAUCGUCAAAGUUGAAUUGACCACCGUCGAAAAAGAGACUGUAAUUCCGGUCGUUAUCAAAGCCGCGGAUAGUAAGUCUGAUCUGAAUUCAAACUAUCUGCACAGUCAGCAAUCUCUGGAUAGCAUAGAUUUUGCCGAUCCGGAGGAUAUACAUUUCGUAUCCAGAGCUUCUUCAAUUGAUACAAUCGAUAAUAUCCAAGCGACUUUAAAUUUAUUUUCUAAAAUGGACGAGAGGCCGAAGGAGAAGAAGCGCAGCAACAGUUUUAAGCGUAUCUUGAAAGGAAGCUUCUUCGGAAAGGAUAAGAAGAAGGAAGACAAGAAGACAAAGAAAACGGAGAAUGCUGUGUUUGCGGAUAACGUGCAAAAUGAAUCAUCAUUCAACCGGUCUUCAGCUGUGCGACACACAACUGGUAGUGAGUUUGCCAAAACGCAUGCACAAAAUAAAGAAGCUCAACAAAGAUAUCAACAACAACAACAGCAGCAACAACAACAAACACAGUCACAACAACAAUCUGUGAACGAUGUUGAGCAUCGUUAUGCCCAAAUGUAUAUAAAUCGAUUCAAUCAGAAUAAAUCGGUUUUCAGCCAACUGGAUAAUCCGAAAUGCGCCGGCGAGGAUUACGUUUGCAUGGACAGCGGAAAUGUCAAGGAUACCAAAAUCAGUUCCACUAACUAUAUAAACAUACCAUCAAUUCAUAAGUACAUCGAUACGAGUUCAUCGUCAAACACACUUGAUUCCGAGAACUUAACUUACGAUAAUCAAAUUAAAGACACCGAUUCAAAUAAUAGCAAUUUAGAGAAUUCGUUGCUGAUUAAAUGUAAACAAAAUAAUGAAUUAUCUGAUACUUACAUGGAAACUCCACCGCGGGCUCACGACACCCAUCAGAAUGUGCAAUUAGUUAAACCGAAGGCUAUAAUACCGAUUAACUCGGAACGUCCUCUACCAAAUCCGUAUCACACAGAGAACAAAAACAACCCUAACCUUAAGACGAUGGAACGGAAUUUGAAUAACGCUUUAAGUAAAGAAUUACCCAAUAAAGCGCACAAUGAGUUUAGUGACGGUGUCUAUGGAACUGUGUUUGAAAGGAAGAUAACUAGGCCUCAAACUGCAAGUCCAGAUAUGACUGCUUUUAAUCCGCAAUCAAAUUCUUCGAUGUGCAGUCAAAGAACCAGCCCGAAAUCGCCGUCGUUGGAAUCGUCAAAGUUAAGAUUACCAGCAAUCAGAGAUAAAGUAGAUUUGCAGCCUCGCAUAAGGUCUCCAAUUCCUCCAUCGGAGGUAAGCACUGAUAAAAUUAUUGCUACUGAACUACUGAAAACUAAGAAAGAAGAUAAACUAAACUCUCCAACGCAUCAGCGAUUGGAAAUCGAAAUCGAUUAUCCGGAUAAUGAUUUGAAGCAGAAAGAUUGCUCUCCAGUUUAUAGUGAAAACCAGCUUAAGAUAGUAGAAGGUAUACCAAUGGGAAAACCGCCUAUUUCUCCACAAACUAAACCCUCAAUUAACUUGGAAGCAGCAGAAUGGCAACGAAAACAACGAGAAUUGACACAAUCUCCAUCAGGUCCACCACAAUCAGUGCAAGUGACCAAUGUAAUUGUUCAUGUCGAUUCACAAUCACCGCAAAGUAUUACUGCAAACAGAUCAAUUACACCAGUGCAAACUAGCGGAGGUAAUACUCCCGUGAUGCAGAGAACUCCAUCAUCCACAUCAUCACUUCAGAAAACACCUCCGAAACAUGAAAUUCGUCAGAGCGUUGAAGCGUUCUGCUGGAAGGAAUUGAAGAAAUUGAAGCAGCAAGAAGACAUGCAACUACAAAUGCAAUUACAACUGACACCGUUCGGUUAUGCCGAAGAUCCGAUAAUAACGCAUCGAUCGAGAAGCAUGUCUCCAACUUCAUCAAGAAAUUCAAGGAGGAGUACAAGUCUCCCAAGAGAAGUCCAGCGACAAAGACGAAUGGAAGAGGCAGAAAUCAGCAGACCCAAUCAAAUAAUGCAGAGACAUUACAUGCAAAGACCCAACGAACAGCUGUACGGUCAAAUUCGUGGACAACCUACGUAUAAUCCUAACUUCCAAAGAAAUUCACCGCAAAGGAGUACCGUGAGCACAAAUAUGCCGGGAAUGUACGAGGACUAUUCGAAGAGACCUAUCUUUAAACGCGGAAGUUUAACGAAUCAAUCAACCGUCGAACCGCAAUUCCUUUACAACAAAAAAGUGAGUUUCCACAGUUCGCAGAAUACGGAAAACUCACAAGUUUGGCCGACUAAAAACGGAUUCACCCAGAGUCCACCGCAAAGAAGAAUGGACGGUAAACGAGAAUCCGGCGAUGAUGAUGUAUUUUUACCGGAUUCUAAACCAAAUGGAAAUGCACCUCCUGUAAACGAACCUAUUUAUGGAACAAAAUCUAAUGGCGAGACGAAAGUAGACUCGAUUAAUGAUAAAUUGUAUGGCAAUAAAAUGAUUCCCGAGCAAAUGCAGUUGACGAGAGACGAAAUAUUUUUAAUAAAUCAACAGCGACAGAAACAAUUGAUGAUGGCGAGAGCUGCCCAAAUGGAAAGAGAAUCACCAUAUGCUACAAGGGGUCAAUUCGAAUCGCCAUAUGGAUCGAGGCAGUUUGAGUCGCCGUAUGGUACUAGACCUCCGAUGGAAUCGCCAUACGGAACCAGACAAGACAUUAACUAUGGAAGACCCUUACCAAGCGAACCAAUUUAUGGGGCGAGACAUCCUCAAAGUGGUGAAUUGUUUUAUGGAAAACGGAAUCAAAUGGACAGAGAAUCGCUUUACGGAUCAAGACCGUCCAUUAGGGAACCUAUCUAUGGUACCAGACCUAUGCCCAAUAUAAUGGAAAGAGAACCUAUGUACAAUAUUGAUAAUCCUUACGCAAAUAGACCUAAUCCUAAUGGACUAAGGUAUGAUAUGCCACCUUCUGAUGUAUAUGGAAGUAGACAAUUUAUGAACAGACAACCACAAAGUAUAAGAGAACCUAUUUACGGUACAAAACAGGAUUCAAUUUAUGGUUCAAAGCAAAGUGUGAUGGAUCCAAUCUAUGGGAGAAACGGACAGCAGCGUCCAUCCGUUGUUAAUAAUCAAGUGUGUGAUAUGUAUGGUAAAAUACACGAACCUGGUAAAAUGCUUUCACCGACGCCGACACAGAAAUCAGGUGUACUGUAUGGUCAGCUACAGCGUAACAGCAACGCUCCUCCAAUGCAGCACCAAAGUUAUAAUCAGUUGCAAGCCAAUAAUUUCGUGCGAGGUUCAAGAUUAACGGCAAGUGUUAACGACAUGUACCAGAGGUACAACACGGAUCCGCGGUCCCAGCAAUACAACGAACCUCCGAACAGACCGCUUCCUCCAAUUCCAAACGAUAGUAAAACGAAAUUCCUGCAAUUAAGAAGAAAACAGUCGAUGGCAUCGGAGAGCGAUAUCAAUCCGAACGAAGCUCAACGAAUUCUAUCAAUCAGAGAUCCUCAAAUGAUAAAUAGAGCUGUUGUCGGUAAGUGAUAAUGCUAAGCCGAAGAGAAAAGUAGUGCAAAGUUUGCAGGGCGAUCAAGUAACUUAUUGUAUUUAUUCUGAAUGGAUAGUCCUGAAAACUAUGGCACUAGUCUAGACAUGAAGCAGCUAUUAGGUUGUAAGUUUUGUAAAUUAUAUUUUAUUAGUUGUAAAAUCAGUAUUAUGACUGUAUUUCCAUUUAAAUAUUUGUAUUUGUAAUCUACAUAUGUAUUAUAUAUUCUUGUAAGAUUUCUUAAUAAAUUAUUACGGAAG